CCGCCAAGGGGAAGUCAGCGAAGUCUUUCGAGCAAGAUCUGAUGGAGAUGCAGACUAUGUUGGAGAAGAUGAAGAUCGAGAAGGAGAAGACGGAGGAGUUGCUUAAGGAGAAAGACGAGAUUCUGAGAAAGAAGGAGGAGGAGCUAGAGACGAGAGACGCUGAGCAGGAGAAACUUAAGGUGGAGCUGAAGAAGCUUCAGAAGACGAAGGAAUUCAAACCUAACAUGCAAGAUGAUGCUCGUUCGUAUAUUCAAGAAAGUACCAAGGAAGGCAGCUGGGAUUCCGGUUUUCGCAAAAGGAAGUUAGGAGGAGAUGGAAAGAAGACGUCCUACUGGUUUGAUGGUAAUGACAUCCAAGGGUACAAAAUAUAUAGGGAAGUCAAUGAAAUCUCAAAGAAGAAUGCUGGCUCAGAUUUAUCUUGUUUGAGCUGGGAAACUGAAGCAACCAAUCUAGAUGAGAGUCGCUGUAAGAUUUUGAUCUGUGUUUGUGCUUCUACUCUUUAAGAUGUGAGGAACUGUUUUGACAUUCAUUAAGUAUAUCCUGUAAUGGCAGAGGGAGUUAUCAUCAAGCAAAGCUUCUUCUUUGGCUGCAAUUGGUGGGAUGAUUGAGACA